UCAUUUCCAGGCCGUUGGAAUGGGGUCGCAGAAGAUGAAGAACUCAUUGAUGUUCAUGAUGUACACGGACUCUACGAAGAACAACAUAACACUAAGUCCUCGACUCUCAUACGAUCAUAGCGAACCAUCAUAUACCUCGAAUGUCAAUAUCACAAUCCUGUCAGGGACAGGAAUCUCGAACAAUCAGAUGGUGAUCAACGCGAUGUGCGAGAACUGUCGAUCCUGGAAAGGAGGAGAGAUCGACCCCACGAACACGAAAGCCUCUUUUAUCUGGGCCAAUGGACCAACUGAAAGCUUGACUUCGGAUUCGUUGACCGCCGAUAUCAAGAUGCAUGCCGACUAUGGUGUUUUCCAACUCGAUCUGACUCAAGCUGUUGGAGCUGCUGGUGUGCCAGUCAUUGCUACGACUGAUUCCUCGGGCAGCAAACAAAUAUCAUACAAAACAAGUUCAGAUGGCAUGGUUGUGGCCCAUGCAAUCUUCACUAUCUUGGCUUUUGUUGCAAUUAUGCCAUUAGGAGUCCUCAUUCUGCGGAUCUUCAAGAGUCCUAAAUGGCAUGGAUACAACCAGGGUGCGUCCUUUGUGAUAGCUCUUGUCGGCCUCGGACUCGGUUUUGGAAGCUCAACGGAGUACAACAGGUCCAAAAACUUUUCCUCUGCCCAUCAACUCUUUGGCAUUGCAAUUACUAUUGCCCUGGCUGGCCAAUUUGUCCUCGGAUAUAUGCACCAUAAGGUUUAUAAGAAAACUUUAGCUACCACAAAGCUAGCUCCCAUUCAUGUAUUGCUUGGAAGAUUGGUGAUACCAGCUGGAAUACUGAACGCAUUUCUUGGGUUUCCACUUGCCCUGGAGAGCGCAAGUGACGGGCCGCUAUUUGGGAUCGUCGUCGCUGUCGUAAUCAUUCUUGGUGCGUUUUCCUGGUGGUCUAGACGUCGAGACGAACAACAUACCAUGGCCAUUGCCGCGAGAGGUUCCGAGCUAGGAUACAGAUGAAUGAGGAGUGAGAAUGGUUCGAUGUCGACU